CAGGUCCCCUACUCAGCUCCAAAAAAAAAUGCAUGAAGGGGUAGUUAGGUAGUUAUCUCUAUUUCUUCAAUAUCUACAUGCCCAACCUACGUGCUUCGAAUCACUUAGUAAUUAACAACAGAGUCACCGACGCGAGACACAAUAUAGCACCAAGAUGAGCUCAAAGAGGAAAUAUUCCGAAUUCAGCGCCGGGCACUCGGUCGCUGGCGAGUCGCGCGAACGUACAUCCAGCUACCAAGCAUCGAAGCAUAAGAGAAGGAGAGAUACCGCUGGGGACAAACCUACCAGCAUCAACUGGCUCAAGAAACGAGCGAGGACAAUAGAACGGCGACUGAAUCGCAAGGAUAGCUUGCCUGCCAAUGUACAGCAUGAACUCGAGAAGGAGCUGGACCAUCACAAACGGAAGCUGAACGAUCUCGCCGAUGGGAAGAAGAGGGGCGCCAUGAUCAAGAAAUACCACAUGGUUCGGUUCUUUGAGCGGAAAAAGGCAGACCGACUUGCAAAGCAAAUCCGGACGCAGCUCGAAGCUACAACAGACGAAGAAGAGAGGAAGAAGCUUCAAGCCGACUUACAUACCGCUGAGGUAGAUUCCCUCUACGCAAGAUACUUUCCCCACCGAGAGCGCUACGUCAGUCUGUACCCAGUCUCAUCGAGCAAUGCGGAAGGCGAAGAGGGGGCCAAAACAGAAGAUGCGAGCACGGCCGCGCGGUCGUUACGAACGGAAAGACCGCCAUUAUGGAGUGUAAUAGAGAAAACGGCCAAGAAAGGCCAUUCGGCACUAGUGCAGAUUCAGGAGCGAAAGUCAACAGGAGACUCGAGGAGUAAAUCGCCACAAGAACGGCCAUCGACGCAUCCUCAACCUAAGAGUAAAACCUUCUCUGCACCAGAGUCGGAAGGCUUCACCAAGGGCAAAGGCAAGCACCCACAAGGUUUAGGACCUUUAGAUCACAGUAACGAUGAUGAUAGCGACGGUGGCUUUUUUGAGGAAGGUUAAUGAGCAAUUAUGUAACACCCAAAGUAGCGGCAAGAAAGCAAAAGGGAAAGACGGAACGACAAACCCAGAUUGCAGGUACCGCGACCUGACAAUAGCCAAUGAUACCCCGAAUGAC